GUUUGCGUGUAGUUGAAGAAAAAGCAAGAGAGGAAAUUCUAAAGAAAAAAAUCCUUUCAUAAUCAAAAUAAUAAAAUUUAACAUCCAAGUUUUCCGAUUUCGGUAAAACAAUUUAGCUCACUCUAAAACACGGUUUAGAGUUUGAUGGCCCUCCGAUUAGGUAAGAUUAAACCUUUGCAGCAGUGGUGUCUUCGCGUGUGUGCUCUCGAAUAUCAACUUCCGGCUGCGGCUGGUUUCCGGACCUUCAAAAUGACUGCCCGGCAGCGUUCGGAAAAGGUUUUGGAACAAAUGAAGGAAUCUAAUCCGUACUUCGAAAAGUAUGCGAAAAAGAUAGCUUCUGUGCAGAAAAGUUCCCCGGAAGAGUUUCUCGCUCGUUUGGAUAGUGUCAAGAAGGAGAAAAGCAAAUCCAAGUUUGGACCCGUCGAUGAGCAAGCUCGGGAUUACUCCGGUUUGUUGAAUCCGAAGGCUCCAUUAUCUGCUGAUGGAAAACCGAUUGAAGAGAAAGCACAGAAAAAGUUGGAAGACAUUAUGAAGGUUGAACUAGUGGCGGAGAAGAGCGCUGCUGAAGUAGGUGAAAUUUGGCUGAAAUAUCACCAGGGCAAAGAAGCACUUUCUGCUGCCAUUCCGAGGGAACAAUAUGAUUUGAUGAUAGAACGGGCCCGUAAAUAUCCCAUCUUUAUACUGCCGAUUCCGAGAAGUCAGGGUUACGAAUUUAUGCUUCUGCAGUUUUUCGCCAAUACGGUUCAUUUUACACCACUUAUCAACUAUCAGGUCCACAAAGAGAAUGCACCCGAGUGUUUGAACCUUACGCUUUAUACGGAGCUGCGUGGAAGUCAUGGCCUGGUGCUGAUGCGGGGUGAAUACGAUUCUAAGGUAUUGAACGCACAGGAAGCGCAGUGUUUGGCCAACCAGCUGCAAAUGUACUACAGCCAGCAGAACAAGACCAAACUGGCCCUGCUGGAAAAGUUCACCUGUAGCCCAGACCAGUUCAAGCACAUGGACGUGAUCGAAGAGUUGAACAACUUGAAGAUCGGAGGUUAAAUUUUUGGGAUGCAUACAGUUCUAUAAGGACUGGAGUGUCAUAAAUGAAAUUAGCAAUAUUAA